GACACAUUUGACCCAAACAGGUGAUCCGGGUGGGUUCUGGGUUCUGGGCGGAACCUUUAGAGAUUAACGGGUCGCAGGUUAUCAGGAUCUGACGUCUAAACCCGAACUGCUGCUCGGGACUGUGGCAGGAACCCCAAAACCGUCCAUCCGGAGGGACAGAAAGUCCCCGGUCUGUCCACAGCAGGACCGAGGUUCUGGUUCUGAUGGUCCAGUUACAGCAGAACCGGAAAAGAUCUGCUCUCAAUCUGAAACCAACCCGUUUGUUAUGAUUUUAUCUGGACUGUCACCAGGAAGAGCCAAAGACCAGAUUAUAGAGAUCACACCUGCAGAUGUUCCGUCUGAAGGUUCCUCAGAACACCUGGACCUUAAGGAGAACCCAGAGGGAGUGAGAGGUUCCUCAGAACACCUGGACCUUAAGGAGAACCCAGAGGGAGUGAGAGGUUCCUCAGAACAUCUGGACCUUAAGGAGAACCCAGAGGGAGUGAGAGGUUCCUCAGAACACCUGGACCUUAAGGAGAACCCAGAGGGAGUGAGAGGUUCCUCAGAACAUCUGGACCUUAAGGAGAACCCAGAGGGAGUGAGAGGUUCCUCAGAACACCUGGACCUUAAGGAGAACCCAGAGGGAGUGAGAGGUUCCUCAGAACACCAGAGAAGCUCCUCCUCCUCAGUCCUGGACCUGGACGCUGGUCCUGGUUCUGCUCCAGGGCCCUUCCCAUGAGUCUGCGGGCCCCUCAGCGGCGGUCCUGUGACGGAGGAGCCCCCCCGAAGGCUGCCGGCUGCCAGAACUUUGCAGAGACGCUGCCGGUGGAGAUGAGCGUGAGGAUCUUCAGGGAGCUGGACCCCCAGAGUCUGUGCAGGGCCUCCAGAGCCUGCAGGCUGUGGCACGCCAUCAUCCAGGAGAGCGAGCAGCUGUGGAGGCAGCAGUGCAUGCUGGUCCGCGCCGUCUGCCAGAGGGAGGUGGACAGCGACCGCAGCCGCGGCCUCUCCUGGAAGGUGACCCUGCUGAGGAACUACAGGCGGAGCCAGGUGAAGACGGACUGGCUGACGGGGCGCUACAGCCGAGUGGCGUCCGCCGACGAGCUGCUGGGCAGGAAGAUGGCGGCGCUGGACGCAGAGACGUGGGGAGAGAUCCUGCAGGCCGAGCUCGACAGAUGAUGCUACCUUCUCUGAUUAUGACCCUAAUAUAUGUUUUAUACGCUCACCUCACUUUAAUGCAACACAAACCACUGUACAUAGAAUUUUAAAAUGUUUUUCUGAGAAAACUAAUCAUGGAGAUGAAUCGGUUUGAUGUAAAUACAGCUGAGCUGGAAUUAAAGCGGUUUGUCUCUGUU